AUGCCCGCUAACGCCGCCUCUGGUUCAUCUUGCACUAUCAAUCUCCUCCAGCCAUCCCCACUUGGGCCACCCACCAAAGUUCCUUGCCACGAAUAUAAACACGAAACCAGCAUCGACCCGACAAAUGGGGCUAUCCAAGAAACCGUGACGAUCGAAUCCGAACAAGCUAGUCGAUUCGAAAUCGUGCUGGACCUCAAACCAACAACCUACUCGUCAAUUCGUGGACCCCCUAAUCAACCUGACCUGACGACAACCAACGAGUCUCAACUACAGUUACCAUUCGACUACAUCGUCAAUUUAAUAUUAGACGGUAUCCACGUUGGGGUUUAUAAGCAGACGAAAUACGCCUGGAACCUUCCAGUAUACCUAGACAAGCUCUUCUCGCGCGACUGCUCGACCGUCCAAUCCUACCAAUUUGCCAAUAUCAAUCUCGUAGAUCCGGACGACUAUCGGGAUAGCACCAACCCUGCGGAUAGGAUCUGCGAAGAUGAACGAGUGAUCAAGUCGCUUGGAACGAUUCAACUCGACAUUACCAGAUGUGUCUUUGACUACCGACCAAUACCCCCAACCAAUAACGGAGUCCUACCCUCAAGUACCAAUCAGAUGAAAUUCUCUGAACGAUCCAAGAAGGCUCGUCUCUCUACGACGGCCGGUUUGACCGAAAGCUCCAGCUCCGGCCUUCCAACUCCUGCAGGCGAGUUGUAUGCCAAAGCACUGGAUCCUGCUCCAUUCCUUCGAUUUCUCUUCCAGUACAAACCGCGGGUGAUUCUCGAAACCGAAGGAACAAUCACCCGACCAGCAGUCGAAGUCGAUGCAGAUCCAGCAAAAGAAGUCAGGCCUAAAGUCAAGAACGAAAACAACAAAAGAGUUAAAACUGAGGGGGGUAAUGAGAAAGCUCCCAAGAAAAAGCCAAAGAUCAUCGAUUUAACCAGUUCUGGCGACGAAAGUAGUUAA